AUGACGGCGACCCAUGGCCUCCAAAGCAGCAAUCAUCCCGCGCCUGGAUCUGCUACGAUGGGCACUUACCAAGAGGCUACUAGUCAGAGUGGUGCUUCAGGCCGUGGGUCUUCGACUACUUCCCGAGAGAUUGCUCCCGCAGGACCUGUUCCGACCCAAAAUUACCGACACCCAAGUUAUUGUCCAGUCCCGGGAUAUUCUUCUUUUAAGCUUGACAAUUACGAACACCAGGCAAACACCACAGCGGCUCAUAGUAAUAUAGUUCAGAAACCGGACGCACUGAAUAAUUAUGAACAGAGUAAUACGGCAGUAGUUUCUACUCGACUCAAUUCUCUAGGUCAACCGGUUGCUAGUUAUGGUAAUUUCGGUGGCCAUGGACCGUCUGGUGAUAUGACAGCUCCUCAAAGCCAAGGGGGUAGAACUACUGGCUACGUUGGUAAUUACAGUGCCCAGUCGGGUAGCUCAGUUUCAAGCUUUACGUAA